CCUACUUUCUCCUUCUGCUUUUCUUUUCUCACCAUGGAGACAGCACAGCUUCCUCACUUCAAGCAUGUCAAUUGGGAUGAUCCUGAGCAAGCCUAUCGCAUGUACAUUGCUUAUAUCUCGCUGUUUUUCGACAUUGCAGUGUUGGCAUAUCAUUUCAGUACUCCGUACCAUCCCAAGUUCUAUGUAAAGACAACGCGACGACGCAUGUUACGCCUUCACAUUGUCAGCGGAUGUCUUGAAAUUAUGGCCUGUAUUGCUGGAUUCUAUGCAGAAGACCCAACCAUGUAUUCAUACGCGGCUGCUAUCCUUUCUGUCAUCUCACAUGUACCUUCAACAUUCUAUCAGAUCCCCACAGUCCUUGGCAUCAAAGCCUUCUUGGUGCCAUCUUUGUUCAUGGUCACAGCCUUGCACGGAUAUUAUGCUUUCAACUUGGCUCUGAAUCCCACAUCGUUCUAUUACCUAUUAUCAACCUAUUUGACUGUGCAUAUCUACGCUUGGUCCCGUGUCUUCUUCGCAUUGUAUUACCGCUUCAAGUUGUUUGAGAACCAUCGCUUCUCUGCCUCUAUGCUCACCAGUGGAUUGUUGCUUGUGCCUUCUGUCAUGGGUCUCUAUGGUAACAUGAUGUUAGUCUGUGGUGUCCUCUUGACCGAUAUCGUACUUCGAAUGACUACUAGCAGUGAUUUUUGGGCUUCCUGGACCACCGAGCACCCACGCGAGUUUGCCUCAGCUCCUGAAAAGAAGGUAGUCCUCGAGGCCCUCAUUGCAGCGGCUGAAGUCGCCAAUGUAGUCGAUAGCCUUUCCAUUCAGGACACCAAGACUCGUUAUGCUCAGAUCUGCUCCAAGGUCAUGUCUGCCAACGUCCGUAAUGCUACCCCACGCUCCAAGGCCGAGACUGUCUUCCGUGCUAUUGAUGUUGAUAAAAAUAACGAGCUCAGCCUUCAAGAAGUCCGCGAUUUCUUGUUGGCCUGCGGUAUCUCCUCCCAAGCCCUGGAGUCCAGGCUGAUGCUCGAGUCCUUGUUUGGGGACCGAAAGGUGGCUACAUUGGACGACUUUUGCAGCUGGUUCACCAAAUACUGGAUUCACUCCAACAGCGUUUCAGUGCAUCGCAUGCCUAGUACCCCUCGUGGUCAGGCAAAGUUAGUCUUUGACAUUUUGGACUCGGAUGGUUCCGGAUAUCUUGAUGUCCAAGAAUUGGAGCACCUCUUGAUCUCCUGGGGGUUGCCAGCUAACGAAGCUGCAUCAUACUUGGUUGAACACGACAAGGACAGUUCCAAUGGAAUCGACUUUCAAGAGUUUUAUGGACAAAUGAGUACUAUCUGGCGGUUCGCCAUUCAGUCCUUCAUCGAUGAAGGCAAGAUUAUUGUUGAGAACUAGGGAAACAUCUUUGUCUCCAUCCCCAUCACUCCACCUUUCCCAACCUCCUACAUGUAUAGAACUAUCCAUUGUCCAGACAGGAAAAGGGCGUUUUGGCCAUUGAGCUUGGCUCCCAUUGUUCAUUUUCUAUCAUAUAUUUGUAUCCAUAAUAAAAUAUACGCAUUACAGUUCGUAUCUUGUGAAAC